AUGCGUUUGGGGAAGACGCAGAAGGUCAAAUCCUCGAGCAAGGCCAUUCCCCUCCUUCGUUGUAAAUUAAUCGAGGUCAAACGCCUGAGUGGCAAGCCUAUAACGACGUAUAUAAAGAGCAAGUAUGGCAAGACAGCACUGGAUACCUUCAGACGAACUGAAAAGCUUUCCUACCGCUCCAAGAAGCUGCAGAAGGACAUUAAGUUUCUGAACAUAUGUAAAAACUAUGAUGUUAUCCCACAAUUCCUUAAUUUUCGUGUUCAUAACCCUGUAUUUGAAAGCACCCUCACAUAUCGCUCCUGGUGUUUUGUCCUCCUGGACCGAGAAAUUACUAGUCAAAAGAGAAAAGAAACUAGUGUCAAUAUUAAACUCAAUAAGGAAUUAAAUUUGCUAAAGUCUACAUUAUCACCACUUGAUUACAUUUGUAUAUCAAGGCUGAUCAUGAACAAUGUUGAUAAAAAAAUAACUCAUGUAGACAACAUCCAUAGCAAGAAGCUCCUAAAAUUAGGCAUUGAUAUUAGGAAAAAAGUGGAUAAAUCGAAAGUAAUCUUCAAUUUCUCUGACAAAAUUCUAUCUGAAGAACAAAAAAAUGUACUAUCUCUCGGACUGGAUUACUGUAUGCCUCCAUCUAAAGUUAAUUUUCAUAAAUUUUACCUAUAUUUUGAAAAGCUAUGUGGAAACAUAAAAAACUGUGAUAUUUACAAAAACAACCUUAACAACGUCACCAACAAUAUAGCAACAAUAGCUAACAACACCUUUAGGAAAUUUUCUCGCCAAGUUAAGCAGGAUAACGAGCCUGAUGACAUCAUGUCACCCCUACAGUCACUCAAAAAAGACAACAGUAUUAUCAUCACCAAACCUGAUAAAGGUCGUGGAGUCGUAAUCUUAAAUAAAUGUGACUAUCAACAUAAAUUACUUAAUAUUCUUAGUGACCGCACAAAAUUCAAAAGAAUCACUAUUGAAGUAUCCACCCACUUAUUGUACUUAGAGGACAAACUAAAAAGACUUCUUCGUACCAUCAAAUCAUCCAUUAACGAAAACACUUAUAACUUCCUGUCAACAUCUGGCUCCCGUCCUGGUUUACUUUACGGUCUUCCUAAAGUGCACAAACCAAAUAUUCCACUUAGACCCAUUAUCUCUUCCAUUGGCACCUUCAAUUAUAACACUGCAAAAUUUCUUGUCCCCAUUAUCUCCCCUUUAACCGCCAAUCAGUACACUAUAGAAAAUUCUACAUCCUUUGCUAAUGAAAUUACGACCCUUAACUUUAAACAACCAACCACUAUGGCGAGUUUUGAUAUAGAGUCACUCUUUACCAAUGUUCCCCUUCAUGAAACCACCGACAUUAUAGUUAACAAUGUAGACACUUCCCAGCUUACCAAUAUUGGUUUAACAAAAGAUAACUUCAAAAAAUUACUAGAUCUAGCCGCCCACCACUCAGUGUUCACUUUUGAUGAUUGUCUUUAUACCCAAACAGACGGGGGCAGUGUAUCAGCAAUGUUUUAUGCAGACUUUGUCGUGAAAAAGAUAUCCUGCAGAAACCAGAUUACCUGGGAGAAUGAAAUUGGGGGAGUGAUCAUAAUCAUACCCGAGAUUUAA